AUGGCUCCUACCAGUCUCUACAACGCCUGGAUCUACACUGUCAUAUCGUUCGCGGGCUUCUCUUACGGCUUCGGAUUCUCAGUCUUUGUCACAGCUCAAGGCCAGCCGGGCUUCUAUCAAUACUUCGGCUUGGAUCCAACAAGCACAUAUACCGCUCGCAUUCUUGAUGCAGUCAACGCUUUGUUUACUGCUGGUGCAGCAUUUGGCUCUCUGGCACAGUCCCCACUCGCCGAUAAAUAUGGCCGAAAGAUUGCACUUGCAGUUGCGGGAAUGACCUCCCUCAUCGGAACUGCAUUGGCGGCGGCAUCGGUUCGUGUGGCUAUGCUGAUAGUGGUGCGUCUGUUUCAAGGCUUUGGAUUGGGGAUGAUUUUGGCCCUGGUUCCGCUCUAUCUCAACGAGGUAGCUCCUCCCCAACACCGAGGCCUUAUAUCUGGCUUGACCGUCGUUAGCUUUGGAACUGGUUACUUCGUAUGCUCCUGGAUUGCAGUUGGUACCUAUUACGCUAAUGCAACCGUACAAUGGCGUGUGCCUCUUGCGCUUGCCUGCAUCCCGCCACUUCUUCUGCUCGUCAGUCUGCCUACCAUUCCAGAAACUCCUCGCUAUCUAAUCUGGAGCGGUAAGAAAGAACAAGCUUAUGAUGUUUUGCGCCGUCUGCACCUUAAACCUGGUGAUACAGAAGACCGCAUGGCUCACGCUGAGUACACGCAAAUUGUGCUUCAAGUGGAGCACGAUGAAGAAAUGAAAGUUGGCUGGGUCCAGAUUUUCAGAAAAGGAUCUCUUCGACGUAGGGCUGUCCUUGGGAUGUUCUUGCUGUACGUCUUGAAAUAA